AUGAUUUCACGUACAGUUAGAAUUGCCAGUCAGAGAAGAUUCUUGUCAUCAUCAAGGAUUUUGCUUAAUAAAACCACCAUUGUAGGAACUGAAGCAGAGACAAAAGUUAAGAGUGCUAAAGAUUUGUCCGAAGUUACCGGAGCACUGUCCUUGAUUGGUCCUGGUGCCAAACCUGGUACAAUUCCAACCGAUUAUGAUCAAGCUACGGGUUUACAGAGAUUGGAACUUUUGGGUAAAAGAGAAGGUGUAGAUGUUUUUGACAUGGAAAUGCCAAUUACCGAGGGAAAAGGAACUUUGGAUGACCCAUUCUUAGUACCAACCUAUAUUGGAUACAGAUAUGUUGGAUGUAAAGGAACCACUGAGCUUGACCAUCAGCCAUACUGGAUGAAAGUAGAAGAAGGUAAAUUGUCAAGAUGCUGGAGAUGCGGUACAGUUCUCAAAACUAAGUAUUUGGGUGAGCCAGAGAAUCCAGAAGUGGAUUUGAUGAGGCAUUUUGAAGCUUCAUUUGAAUGCAUAUUUUAUCAAGUAACUACUUUAGAGAAGUGCAUAAGAGACUUUCAGGACAAGUUACAAGAUGUCGAAGCUAUUUACUGCGGAUGGGCCGGAUUUGCACCUAUCGGUGGGUUUAGAGGCAAGCUUAUCACAUAUGCGCCAAAGGGAUUAAAGGUGGUAACAACAUGUUCAAUUGGAGUUGACCAUUUUGACGUGCAAGAGUUGGGUAAUCGAGGGAUUUUAUUGACUAAUGUUCCAUCGGAAUCUGCAUUCGAAGCAGUUUCCGAUUUAGUUCUUUACAAUACCAUUGCAAGUUUCCGGAAUUUCAAAAUCUACGAGCAAAAUUUUAAUGGUGAACUUUAUUCACAUACGGGUACCGUUAGAACGUCUUUGCUUAACGCAGAACUUGAUCAAGUAAAUGGGAAGCCCUUGAUGAAGUUUGUUCCUGGAUUCCUGUUCGGAGAAGCAUGCUGCAAGAGACCUAAUUUGAGCCCUAGAAACCAUCAUGUUGUUAUUGUAGGAUUCGGUAAUAUUGGUCGACUCAUUGGAGUAAGAUUGGCGUGUAUUGGGAUGAAAAUACACUAUGUCAAACGAAAGAGAUUAAGUUUGGAAGAGGAAAAGAGCUUGGGGUAUCAGGUCCAAUUUCAUGCUUCAAUUGAAGAAACUAAAAAAUUCGCCGAUUUGAUUAUAGUAGCUUGUCCCGGUUCUCCGUCCACUAGACACAUGAUUGAUAAAAAGUUGAUUGACACUAUGGAAAAGCCAUUUAGAAUUAUAAACAUAGGGAGAGGUUCUAUUGUUGACGAGAAUGCAUUGGUUAGCGGGUUAGAAGAAGGAAAAAUACUUUUUGCAGGCUUGGACGUUUUUGAACAAGAACCCAAAGUAGAUCCUCGCUUGUUCAAUAGACAGGAUGUUAUAUUAACUCCUCAUAUUGGCUCCUCGGUCAUUGAGAAUUACAAACACACUGCCGAAUGGAAAGCCAUGUCGUCGAUGUACAUUGGCGUUUACAGAGCUGUAUUUGAUUACGAUGCGCAGGCGGACGAGGAGUUAUCUAUUCGAGAGGGAGAUAUCCUAUACUUGUUGGAGAAGUCUGAUAUUGAUGAUUGGUGGAAAGUGAAAAAGAGAGUUAUAGCCACAGGCGAUGAAAUUGUAGACGAACCUUCUGGAUUGGUUCCGUCCAAUUAUAUUGAAACAGCACCGAUUAUACAACAAGCGACUGCAUUGUACGAUUAUGACAAGCAAACUGAAGAGGAGCUUUCAUUUAAGGAAAAUGCAACAUUCAAUGUUUAUGAUACUAAGGACCCCGAUUGGAUUCUUGUGAGCGAUUCGUCUCAACAAGAGUUUGGGUUUAUACCGUCAAAUUAUAUUCAAUUACACUCUGAAACUGGGAAAAGUGCCCAUUCGGAGACUACUCUCCCCCAGCAACAAAUGGCAACUACAAAUAAUGAGCUUCAAAGUCAGCUGUACCAGGAACAACAACAACAACAACAACAACAACAACAACAACAACCAGAGCAGGUUCCAGAGCUACCAGGGCGUGUUCCAAUAACAGCGCCACGCCCAGUGAAAUCUGUCGAUGAGGAGGAGGAGGAUGAGUAUCCACCUCCAACACCACAAAAGGAUUAUCCGCGUCGAUCCGAACAAGAAAGUCGAGUUUCCAACACGAGAUACAACCGCAACAACAACGAUAGAGCAGAAGAAGAAAACGAUGAUGAUGAUGAUGAUGGUCCACCCCCAAUGCCCUCAAGACCAGCUGUUAAUGGACACGAUGUCUCUGGCUCUACUAGGCGAGAAGAAAAUGAAAAAAUUGUUGAGCCGACAGACAAAAAGCACACGUUUGAUGGAGAAUUUUUCACUUGGUAUAUUGAUGAAGUUGAUGGUCGUAAAAAGAGACCCAUUAAAGUCUCAAUUGGUAAUGGUUUGAUUAUCAUUAAACCAAAUGUGUUUAAUCCAAAAAAGCUCAGGUUGAGAUCGGCUUCUCAUUUGGAUAAUCAGUGGAGAAUAAAAGAUUUGAAAAGCUUUAGUAGUGAAAAGAAACACGUGUUUUUAGAGUUGCAAAAUCCAACAGAGUCUGUUGAAUUGCACGCUGGAACAAAAGACGUUGCUGACGCGAUAACCGCGAUAUUGGGAGACUUGAAAGGAGCAGAAGAAGCAAAAGGGUUGAAAGAAGUUCAAAGAGCUUCCCAGGCAAGUACAGGAGGAAGCAACAAAAAAAUUGGGCGUUUGAUUUAUGAUUUUAAAGCACAAGGUGAAGAUGAAUUGAACUGUAGAGAGGGCGAAGAAGUUUACAUUAUUGAUGAGUCCAAGUCAAAGGAUUGGUGGAUGGUUCAAAACAUCAAAACUAAGCGUCAAGGAGUAGUUCCAUCGUCAUAUAUUGAAAUCAUCGGUACAUCAAAUCUUGACAAAUUAACUGAUGGUUCAAUGAGAAGGAAAUCAUCGAGGGGUAAGUUGAUGAGUGGCAGAGAUAAAAACUAUCACCGCGGUGAUAGAAACAGAGAGGAACGGGACAAAGUAAGGGAACAGGACAGGGUACAAAGAGAAAAACGUGGAGCUCUUAGCAACGACCUGGACAAAUCUAUGCCAAACUUCCACAGAGUAAGAACUUGGAUAGAUAGUACUGGAACUUUUAAAGUUGAAGCGGAAUUUUUGGGAUAUGUUGAAGGCAAAAUACACUUGCACAAGACAAACGGUGUAAAGAUUGCCGUUUCCGCUGAAAAAUUGUCACUCGAAGAUUUAGAAUACGUUGAAAAGAUUACGGAUAGAUCACUAGAAAAAUACAAGGAAAUUGUGCAAAGACAAAUGGAGAAACGAGCAAGAUCGAAAUCAAAAUCAGGUGCCACGUCGAGUCAGGAUUAUAGACCCAGACAAUCAGCUACUGCGGCUAUUAACGACCUUUCUAAUCCUUCUCGAUCCUCUCGAUCACGCAGUAAUACACGGACCUCAAUCAAUGGGGCAGCGGCACCUGCAUAUGACUGGUUUGAUUUUUUCCUUGAGAGUGGUGUCGAUGUGGGCAACUGUCAGCGUUAUACGCUUAAUUUUGAGCGUGAGCAAAUGGAUGAAAAUAUUUUAGAGGAUAUCUCUCCUUCGUUACUUAGAACCUUGGGAUUGAGAGAAGGAGAUAUUAUUCGUGUUAUGAAGUACUUGGAUAACAAGUUUGACAGAAAGAAAUCUACAGAACCUGAAUCUCUGACUGGCAGUUUAUUCAUCGAUAGUAAUGGUGCAUUGAAGAACAAUUCUGCAACAGAGUUGUCAAAAGUUACCAGAGACGCAUUACCAUCACCAGUUAAAAUACAGUCUCCUCCUGCAACAGGUACCACUGUUCAACAGGGAAACAAUGAAGAUAACGCCUGGGCCAUGAAACCGGCAGCAAGGUCUAACGAAAAUCUUCUCAAACCUUCUCCUCAACCGCAACCACAAUCUCAACCUCAACCUCAACCUCAACCUCAACCUCAACCUCAAACGGCACAAUAUACUGGUUCUUUGUCUGAUCUUGUGAAUAUCAAACCAAUGGAAAACAAGAAUGAUACCGCUAACCAAACACCUUCGUUGCCACCACUUCAGCCAACAAAAACUUCUUCAUCUCAAGCUACAUCCAAGCCACUUAGAAGUGGUGGAGUCUUGGUCCCAGCGCAACGUACUGGUGGAUUAAUACCAGUGCAAAGGACAGGUGCUGGUUUGGUUGCUAUUCCAACUGGGGGAUUAUUACCUGCACAACCAACCGGUUUUGUUCCCAUUAUUGCUCAACCAACGGGCUUUGUGCCAAUUCAAGCUACAGGGGGACUUCAGCCACAAAUCACAAUUGGAAUUCUUCCUUUGCAACCUGUGUCCACUUUCAAUCAGCAAAGGACUGGGGGAGCUGUUCCUCCACCUACAACAUUUGGAGUUUCUCAGUCUUUUCAACCAAGCUUUGUACCUUUGCAAACAGGCAAUGUUACCAUGCCUCAAACCACAUUUAGCCAAAAUCCUCAAAUUACUGGAGGUGCAUUACCUCUCACCUCAUUUAAUCAGAACCCACAAGUUACAGGUGGGGCUUUGCCAGUAACGUCUUUUGGGCAAGCUUCAGCUCCAGCUCCGGCUUUGGCCCCAUUGGUACCCACGGCUCAGAGAACUGGAGGAGGAGGUCCAAUUGGUGGUGGGUUUGUUCCACAAUCAAAUUUUGGUAAACAAAUCACUGGUGGGUUUAUGAACACCAAUACUAGUUUGGGACAGCAACAACGAACUGGUGGAACGAUGAUGCCACAGAUAUCUUUUGGGAACACAACUACCGGUGGUAACAUGACAACUUCAUUUGGCCAAGCGUCUUUGAACCAGAAUGUGAUUCCACAGCCUUCAUUUGGUCAGCCUCCACCUAACCAAUUUCAACAACCAACUCAGUUUAAUCAAUUUGGUCAGCAGCCUACUCAAUUCAAUCAAUUCAGCCAACAGCCUACUCAAUUCAAUCAAUUCAGCCAACAGCCAACCCUGUUUAAUCAAUUUGGUCAGCAACAGCAACAGCAACAGCAACAGCAACAACCAAACAUAAAUCAAAUAUCAAAUAUGUUUCAAAGCACUUCCCUUGGGUCACCACCAUUGCAAAUGCCUACGACUAGUUUCGGACAAUCCCAAUUUGAAGGAUUUAAUACACAACCAUUACAAUCGCAACCAACUGGAAUGGGGUUUGGUAACGCUCCAUUACAAUACCAACAAACAGGGAAAAGAGCAAAUAUUGCUGCAGCCACGCCAAACGAUCCAUUCGGUUUUGGCUCUUAG